UCCCUCUGAUAGUAAGACUGUUUUAUUUUCUUCGCUACUGUUACAAAAUGUUGAAGUUCUUCAGUGCCCGGGACGAUGAGAAUGAAAGCCUCUUGGGUGCAUUGACAGACGAUGAAUUGGAUGCUCCGUCUCUGAUGGAUGCUAAGCACCACUGGCUCCACAGACCCUGUCUGCUGAUGCUCGAAGAUGGUGAUGUCACAAAGCCUGGACAGCUGGGCUGUGGUCACAUCGGAUCAGAGUCCCCUGCAAAAUCCAAAAUCCCAGGGGCGACAAAAGAGGGUCCCAUUUCCCAACUAGAGACCCCCGCUCAGAGGCUGAUGAGACAGCUAGAGGAGGGGAACUGCGCUGUGACAACUCUCUCCACAUGGGGAGAGAGGCAUUUCGGGAAGGCCUCCACCCCUUUGAUGCUCAUACCCACCAACGUGCCAGAGGUGGAGAUGAAGGAGGAGAAGAAGAGGCCUCAGCUGCCCUCCUUCAAGGAGGACUCUGUGGUUGAGGAGAAGGAGCUGGAAGAGAGUGAACGUAAGCUGCAGGACUCACCCAGUGGCUCAGAUGGCAUAGGUCCUGACCUGGACGCCACGUCUGAUUGUCCUGUGGAGGACCUCUAUGAAGGCAGCCAGACCCAGGGGCCCAGACUGGGGCUUCAGAACCAGACCAAAGCCAACGGGCUAACUAAUGAUGAGACUAAUGCCAACAGAGCACAUGUAGACAGUGAAGAGGGAGCUGUGGGGGACUGCACGCCUUCCUCUAUGUCUCCGUCAGUGGAUCCAGACAAUGAGCUACAGGCCGGCCCCACGGGCAUUCUGUCCAAGGAGCGAGGUACUAUCCUGGGGGAGGUGGCCCCCGUGUGGGUCCCUGACGCCCAUACGUUGGUCUGUAUGAUGUGUGAAGUCAGGUUCACCUUCACAAAGAGAAGGCACCACUGCCGCGCCUGUGGCAAGGUAUUCUGUUCAGUGUGCUCCGGUCUGAAGUUCCGACUAACACACCUGGAUGGGAAGGAGGGGCGUGUCUGUGUCUCCUGUCACUCAACUCUAGUGAAAGGAACCCCUCCCAGGGGGAGAAGGAGGGUGUGGUUUGCUGAUGAAAUCCUAUCCAAUGAGAAAUCAGACUCUGCUCCUUGUACACCAAUCAGAGGCCCCACCUUCUCACCGCUAUUAUUAAGGAAAAGUAUAGCUGCUACAAUCAGAAGCGCCACUGGCUCACCACAGACAAGCAGGAGGACAUCAAUAGCACAGGGGCCGCCCCUGCUCAAUCCUCUGCAGGAGGUGUGUGGGCCCUGUGGCUGGGGUACAGCAACCCUGGUCAGUAGCCACAUCAGUAGCUCUGCCAACCUCAUCCCACUGGAUGGCCUCCCUCCCAUCCUCACCUCUACUGGAGUCAAAGGAGACUACACGGUGGAGGAAAGGCCCUCUGAGAGGGUUCUCAUCCAGGACCUGGAGAGCGGCAGGCCCAACUCCCUGGUCUUUGUCCUCAACGCCAACCUACUGGCCAUGGUCAAGUUAGUCAACUAUGUAAACAGGAAGUGCUGGUGUGUGACAUCGAAGGGCAUGCACGCGGUGGGCCAGGUGGAAGUGGUGGUGCUGCUGCAAUGUCUGCCCGAAGAGAAGAGCUUCCCCAAAGACAUCUUCAGCCACUUUAUACAGCUCUACAGGGACGCCCUCACAGGCAAGGUACUGAGCCACCUGGGUCUCUCCCAGUUCUCCAGAAGUUUCCUGGGCUGUGAGGAGCAUGCAGGGUUCCUCUGGGUGCGCUCCACCCUCCAGUCCCUGCAGGGUCUCCCUAUGCCCAACCAGCCCUUUCUUUUUGGCCUGCUGAUCCACCAGGCUGAGGUGCCCUGGGCCAAGGCUUUCCCCCUGCGCCUCAUGCUCAGAUUGGGGGCUGAGUACAGAUUUUACCCCUGUCCUCUGUACAGCGUGCGCUUCAGGAAGGCUCUGUUUGGGGAAACCGGCCACACCAUCAUGAGACUACUAGUAGACUUCAGGAAUUACCGGUACACUUGCCCACCUCUCCUCUCUCUCGAAACAUAUGUAUACAUUACCAAAGCAAGUGAAAUAGAUCAUAGAAAAUCUCUCUCUCUUUCUCAGCUGAUGAAGGCUUUGAAUAAGUCCAAUGAGCAUGUGCUGGCCAUGGGGGCAUGCUUCAACGUGGCGGCAGACUCCCAUCUCAUCUGUGUUCAGGGGGACGAUGGCGAGUACCAGACCCAGGCCAUCAGCAUCCACAAUCAGCCUCGCAAAGUUACUGGUUCCUGCUUCUUUUUGUUCAGUGGAGCCCUUAAAGCAGCAUCGGGAUAUCUGGCCAAAUCCAGCAUCGUUGAAGAUGGGCUGAUGGUGCAGAUCACCGUGGAGACCAUGGUGGAGCUUCGCCGGUCGCUACGGGAGAUGAAAGACUACAACAUCCCCUGUGAGCGGAUCGACCAAUCAGACAGCCAAGAGCAUGUCCAGGUCCAAUGGCAAGAGAAAGAAUGCACUGUAAACAAGGGGGUUAUUAGCCCCAUUGAUGGCAAGUCCAUGGAGUCCAUCAGCAGUAUCAAGAUGUUCCAGAAGUCUGAGUACAAGGCCAAUGGAAAGGUCAUCCGCUGGACAGAGGUGUUCUCCUUACAGAAGGGGGGUCAUCCUAAGAGCCAGAGUGACCACCAUACAGAACACAGCAGGCUCACAGAGAGACUGGCCCGGGCAUUCUGCCUGGCACUGGGCCCACACCUCAAGUUGCUGAAGGAGGAUGGUAUGGCGAAGCUGGGGCUGCGCGUCACGCUGGACUCCCACCAGGUGGGGUUUGUGGCCGGCAGUAACGGCCUGCCCCUCCCAGCCCCGUACCUCAAAGCCCUGGAAACAGUGCUGAUCCCCAUCAUCCACAGCAGGGGGCGCAAGAGGAGCGAAGAACCCUUAGUCAUGGAGCUCAUUUUCUAUAUCCUGGAGAACAUUUCCUAGGGGAAAUGGGGUCAAAGUGCACACACUCAUCCCCACAUCAUCCUCUCUCCUGGUCCUCCAUUUGUGCUGGUGUUCGUUCGAUAGCUUCAAAACAGCAUUGGUUGGAGGAGUAAGCUCUUUCAUGGGACAUACUAACUCGCCUCCAGGAUAUAUGUCUCAGCCAGCCUAUAAGGGUGGCUGGAUGGUAAGUGGUCUGACUCACCAAAGCUCACCCUGCCUUGGCCUCUGCAGCAGUAAAUAUUACAUGGCUUGAGAAUGGUACAUUUCUGUAUAUUUUCAAUAAAUACUCAUAUUUUGAGAAUGCCCCUAAACUGGGGGCUGUAUUCAGUUCCAAUAGGAAAAUGAGAAUGACUUGAAAUGUUAUUUAUCAGUAGACCUGUAGCUAGCUGUUUGAUGCAAACUGAAUUCAUUCAUGUUUAAUAACGUUUUAAAAUUCGGAUGUAUUUUAAUUCCUCUCGAUUACCCCCAAAAUGCAUUACAGUCAACCUAGGGUGAAUAACAUUAACACAAAGGACAUCAUACAAGGAUUUGUCAAACAUUGUUUGAAAUGCUUGUGGAAAUCAAGGUAUAAAGUUCCAUUUUCUGUCAGGAUCAGUAUCCGAGCAGAUGUAAGGAGACAAUGUCCACCUUUAUUUACAGUGUCAAGGUCUCACAAAAACGCUUUGAAAGAAGCACCAUAAUGUUGCUCUGUCAUGACAAGCAGGUCAUUUACCAACUCAUUGAGGUUGUUGGACUUACAGCCCUGUGAAGUAAGAAUGGCAUUAACCUGGACACGUCAUAGAUACUGUAGACAUUUCCAGACAGUCAUUACCAUUAGAGGUUGUGUCGUUGGCAUUAUUAGGUAAUUUACAGUACACAUGUCACCAGCUCAAAGUCAAACUCAUAUACCGGUAUUAUGUGUUUGCCCGAGUCCAGCCCUGAACCAGGCCCCUCCCCCACACAAAGAGCUGUGGGUUGGGUAAACAAUGAUGAGUGAGAAAGUUACAGAGGGUCAAAAGAUAAUGCCAAGACAUCGAAUUUCCCGUUUUUGGAAAAGCGAUUAGCAUGUCUUGGGGGGUAUGAUCUUUGACCCUCUGUACCUUUCACACAUCAUUAUUCACAAUUAAUUCAGGAUUAUUGAUAAUCAUGGUAGCAUUAUCCAUAAUCAAGUGUUUAGAAACAUAUUCUAUUCUUAUUUACAAUAAAAAUGACAAUACAUUAUUUACCAUUCCUUUCUAUUGGGCACAAAAUAAUCUGACACACAAUCAAAAACUGCAAAUCCAGCCAACAAGUUUGUAGAGUCACAAGCUUGAUGUGGUCAUUGUGUGCUAGGAAUAUGGGACCAAAUACUAAACUUUUGACUACUUUAUUUACAAUAAUCUUUAGGUGUCAAUUUUGAACCUUACCUUUUUUU